UCAUAUUCCAAAUUUCCAAAUCGGCGCAAGCGCAUGCAAAACUUUUGUUUGUUUUUUGAAAGUUAUUUAUCUUUUGAGUUUUAUUUAUUUGUUGUUGUACUUAUUUUUAGUUGCACGGUCACAGAAGUUUUUGGCGCCGAAAGUUUAGAAGUUGAUACUUAUUACGAUCUACGAGUCGCAAACGCCCUACUUAGUUCUAACUUAGCACUGUGAUAUGUUAGAAUUUAUUUAGUACCCAAGAUGCCAAAUAACAGUACGGAUAUAGUGACGUAUGAAGAGUUGGAAGCUACAGACGUGAUUAGCGUAGAACUGGUUCCGGAGAGAAAAGGGCUGAUAUUGAAACAUUGUGAAUAUUACGUGAGCUCCAGAAGACAUGGCACCACUGUGACGAGGCGAUACAAUGACUUUUCCCAGCUGUAUGAUGUCUUGUAUGCAAAAUAUCCUUAUCGCUCAGUAUGCCGGUUGCCGCCAAAACGUGUCGUGGUAGGCGGUGGGAGUCCUCGCUUCCUACAGCGGAGGCGAGCGGCUCUGCAGCGGUGGCUUACUCUGGUCGCCAGGCACCCAGUCUUAGCUCACGAUGCGGACCUCCGCAGUUUCCUCUGCGAGACUACAUCGAGGUUGGACAAACCGAAACACGAUGAGUUCGUACUGGCUGGCACACAAGAAGACAGCCCUAGGGAAAUGUCAACGGAGGAUAUGCAGGCAGCAUUUACAACGGAUCAGGAGCAGCUCCGCUUAGCUCUUUUGGGCAUUGACAGAAUAUACCAGAUAUUUGAAAGAGUCGAAAGCAGAUGUGAAGCAGAGCGGGCUGACAUACGGGAAUUGGGCAAUGGACUAAAUGCUCUGUCUACGCCAUCGAUAGCUGAUGGGCCUAGAUGGUCUCACGUCAAAGAGGCUAUGAAAGCUGCAGCAGACUUAGUGACAGAGCUGAGCGAGUCUCCUCCUGAAGAGAUGGAUUUCACGGAAGACGGUCCCGGUGGCAAGGUGUUACUGGCCCUUGAUGCAUUAGGUGCUUACCGCGAGCUAUGCUCCCGGCUGACCAGGGGCCUCCAUGCUGAGAGAGCCGCUGCUGCCGCUGCGGCCCCGCACACGGCGGCUUCGCAGCUGUUAAGGGAGCGGCACAGAUACGCUCUCCGAUGCUCACUGGAGGAAGCCCGUAUCGGCCGCGCAUACGCACUGGCUGCGCUAGAAUCGCUGCCAGAGCUCUUCAGAACCCACGGGACCGCGCAUGCGCGCAUCGCAGCUCUAUGGGCAGAUCUACACACGGCACUACGACACCCGCAAGCCAAGCCCACUAUUAAAUAAAAAAAAACAUCCGAUGUUGAAUGAGUUCAAAGAACAAUUACUGUGCAGACGAGACCAGUGCAAUCUUCUUUGACGCCGUAUGCCUAUUUAUGCCUAACUUUAUGGCAUCGAAGACUAACUUCAAAUCUGCCAUUGCUCAACAUUAAGGCGAUUCAUUGGCGACCCGUGGUGGUGAGGUAAUGAUUCUCCUAAUGAUUUCUUAGUAGUGAAGUAAUGAGGUUUUUCCACAUUUGGCUAAUAGUUUUUUUUUUAUCUUUCAACGGACCAAAUGUUUAGUGCAUGUAUUUACCUACAUACCUCAUAUUGAAUUAUGCAAUAAAAACCCUGUAUUGUUUACAUUUUACUUAAAAAAGUAAAAUGCAAGGAAAGGGCAAAUGUGCUAGAGUUAUCGUGGUUAUCGACAACUAAGCGAAUAUUGUGGCCACGUCUUCGCCUAGAGUUCACAUUCGCUUCGUGGAUAUUUUAUUUGACUACGAAUACGAGGGAGAAAAGUCCAACACCAUAUUGCCUAGUUAAAUAGAAGUCUGUGCCUUUUGAAGUUUUAAAGUGUGCAAUACAAUGUAGCUUUUAGUUUAAACAAUAUCGCACAGCGAGUGUUGUGAGAAAAGCAUAAUAUCAAUUUAAAUAAUUAUUGUUAUAUAUUUUGUAGCUUGUAUUAUAUUGUAAAAUCAUACAUAUUAAUAAUUUAUAUUAUUUUAGUGUAUUCUAUUCAGUGUAUUAUUAUGUAUUGUAUUUGUAUGGUGGCAGGUAAUCAUAAGAUCUGACCAAGUAAAAUUCUUCUGUGAUAAAAAAAAGCUCGAAUUACAUUUAUACUGUUUUUAGUUGUUUAUUAAUGUUAUGUUUUGACAAGUAUUUAUUACCUUGAUACAAAUCUAACUUGAUCCGUAGUAAAUAAGUGUCCAUAUCAAUUUAAUUUAUGUACGUGUGUUUUGUUUAUUUAAGUAAGUACACAGUUAAAGACGAGAUGAAACCAUUAUAUUUUAAUCGAUAAAUAAAGUUCGU